UGUGCAUUAGCUAGUGGCUGCCCAAGUAGGCUGGACCCUUGCCCUGCUAGGAGCAGUGGCCCUCUCAUGACAGGCUCACCUAUAGGGCCCUUUACCUUCAGGGCAACUCCCAGAGCAUGGAUCCCUCCUGAUUUCUCUCUGGCCCAAUGUACCUCACGGUCAAAUUGCUCCUGGGCCGAAGAUGCAGCCUGAAGGUAUCUGGAAAAGAGAGUGUGGCCACACUGAAGAAGCUGGUUUCUCAGCACCUGCAGGUGCCGGAGGAGAAGCAGCAUCUGCUGUUCAGGGGCCAGCUCCUGGCUGAUGACAAACACCUCUCGGAUUACAGCAUCGGGCCCAAUGCCUCCAUCAACGUCAUCAUGCGGCCUCCGGAGGAGGCAGCGCUGGACAAGACCGGCCCGCCCCAGCCCCUGUGGCUCCAGCUGGGCCAGGUCCUAGGCAAACAUUUUGGGCCUAAGGAUGCCAAGGCAGUGCUGGGGCUGCUGAGGCAGGAGUACGAGGAACGUCUGCAGAGGCUGAGCCCGGAGGCCCUGGAGCAGUUGGCGGGCCAUCUCCUGGCACAGCAGCAGCUUGAAGAGCUGGCCGAGGAAAAGGAGGACCUGGCUGCUGCCUCCGAGCUCCAACAACAUGAUGGAGGAGGAGAAGAGGAGGAAGAGGAGGAGGAUGGGAAGGAGGCUGCUCAGCAAACUGGUCCACCCUGCUCUUUUACUCACUAAACUUCCCCUGGCCUGA